GCCGCCGGGUAGCCCACAGCACAUACAGUAUCAUUGACUUCCUCGAGCAUUGGCCAAGAAUUCGGUUCAUGAUGACCUAGCUUGUUAAUCAGCAGUCCAAGUGAGAGCGCGUUCUGCGGCGUGCAGCUUCUGCAACAGGAGGCAACGGCACUGUCGAGCCUUGUCGUGAGAAUUGUUGCCCGAGGGACACGAAUAAGAUCAGCGCACCUUCGCGCGUGUGCGAGUUCUCCCAUGGAGCACCGCCGACGGAACCUCGCCACAGCCUGAUCGCCUUGGGGAUCCAAGUCUGCGGAUGGCAUGUCGGCCGCUGUUGCGAACCGCCCAUACAUCUACGUGCAUUGUGGGCACGCCGAUCUUGACAGCGCCAGCCACGUCAGUCGAUUUCCUCCUGCUGGCACCAAGUCUGCCUUGUCUUCGGUGAACAUGUCGGAGGGGAUAGCCAUCCAGCAUCCUCUUGGUUCACCUCCACAUACAGAAGAAAGCUCGCCCACCGUCCAGGCAAGCUACUCUGCUUCAGACUCUUACACGGGCCUUCGAGAUGACCUUGAAACCGAGGCGGUCGACCUCGGUCUCAAGCCCUCCCUAUCGACGAAUACCUCGGGGUUCUAUGCAAGCAAUGCCACAGUCGAUCGCGAUCUCGGCUUGCUGCAUUCGCCAGGGGUUAAUUCAGACAUUAACUUCUCGGAUAUACAGUCCCCGCUCGAUGCUUUGGCGGGACAAGGAUUCGGGCGGCGAGCCGGAAUGUACUCUGCCGUUUCUGACUGUUCAGAAGGCACGUAUGGCGGGGACGCCAAUCAGGGCCCAGCAGCAAGCACAGAUCAUCUGACACCUGCGGCGAGCAUUCAUGGCGGUGGAAAACCGGAUGUCAAGGCCGAAGGGUCCGGGACAGCUCUUUAUGCUGCUGAGGAAGGCUCUGCGCGCCGAUUUUCAAGCUUCAGAAAGAAACUAAAUUUGCCGCGCGAGUCGUAUAAUGCGGAAGAAGAGGACACACAGAAUAUUCAACUGGUGAGCAGAUCUUAUGUGCUCUGAUGGUGACAAUUCUUAGUAGCUGCCCUCUAUUCUGCAGAAUCUGGAGCGGUGGGCUGCGGAGGAACGCCAGAGACGGAAGGCUCUACGGUCAUCCAGGU